GACAGUUUCUAGAAUAUUCAUACGUAGCAAUAACAUUGUCAGACAUGUUAGUGUUAUUACUGGUGGCAGUGUUUUCCCAAAGCUUGGCUCAACAUUGGACUGACACGGGCAACAUUAAGUGGAGGAAAUGUGGCACUUCGCACGACUGGGUUCAUGUUACCAAAUUUGACAUUGAACCAAAACCAGUUUUGCUUCCUGGAACCAUCUCCGUGACACUAGAAGGCGAUAUAUCGCACCGUUUAGGACACCAGGUGACGAUGGAUAUCAUAGUAGAGAAACAACUUCUCGGAACGUGGGUCAGAGUCCCAUGUACUGGCACUCACUAUAAUGUUGGAACUUGCCACUACACAGACCCGUGCAACUAUCUGCGCACCUUUGAAAGAGACGGCCAGUGUCCACCACAGUUACAGAACAACGGGAUUCAGUGCACUUGCCCUUUUGAUCCCAAACAGCUUCGUCUUACCAGAGCUGGAUUUCAUAUAGGUGCUGUUACUCAUGGAUUUGAGGGAUUUUUGAGGGACAAUAAUGAAUACCAGGUGACAAUCAAGCUGAAUGACAAACACAACGCGGACGUGGAAAGGAUGUGCAUUCAAGCCAGAGUGCACAUUAACGUGCGUUAAUAACCUGCCUCCACUUCGUGAUGAAGGCUCACAUUGUCACGGAGUAAACCAUUUUACCAUAA